CAGAUUCCGUCCCAGCGAGUGGGCGAAUAUCAGAUGGAACUAGAUUUCAUGCGGAAAGCGGGACUAAUUCGGCAAGUUGAGUUUGACGUACUGGAAGGUCAUCACAUCUACGCAAAAAUUUCCGAAACGUUUGGGGAUUGUCUUGGCAACCAGGAAUGGACGUUGUUGAGCCGACUUGAUGAGCCGGGAAAGCUGAAGAGUCCGUUUAUUUGGCCAACAGAUUUGGAUAUUUUAUCUCCAUCGUGGGCGGAUCAAGACUUAUACACCGAGAGGGCCGUAAACCAAGCGCGAAGACGCAUGUAUAUCGCUCUAGCUCAUGGUACACUGAAUAUUCCGCGGGAAAUCUUUGAGGAAUUUGCUGCGGAUCAAGGAAGAACUGUGGAAGAACUGGAUUUACGAAACGUUCCAAGUAAAAAAUACAUCCGAGGUCAAAACUAUAUUGCUAUCGUUACUGAAGAAGACUUUUCCAGCUGGUAUCACAAAUCCCCGAUCGCUUUUGGUCUGCGAGAAACAUCCCGUGCUUCUACAUCCGCUUUGGGGAGUGCCUCCCGUGCUUCUACACCCGCCUUGGGGAGUGCCGACCGUGCUUCUACGUCCGGCUUCCGUAGUGCAUCCAGUGCAUCAUUCGGCUUCGGGAGUGCAUCCAGUGCAUCCUCCCGCUUCGGAAGUGCCUCCGUUGCUUCUACAUACGGCUUUGGAAGUGUGUCUGCAUCAAGGAAUUCCUUUCGGGGACGGUUAGACGAUACUUCUCCGUCUCCGCCGUCUUCACCGGAUUUGCCUCGCCGUCGUCGCGGUCGAUUAAUGUUCAGCGAUAGUGCUUCUGGUCGUCAAUUAAACAAUAACGUCAUCGUACUUGGUGACUCGGAUAACAGCGAAGCUGAAGAGGAGAAGAAGAACGUUGUCGCGGCCAGUAGUCCCGCAGUUACAGAACAGAUUAUUGAAGUCGCUGAAUUUCCUGAAGUUGACCCAGGCGCAAGUGAAAUAUCGAUUGAAAGCAUGAGAUCUCGGCUGUGCUUAAAAGUUACCGGUCAGCGACCAAUGGUCAAAUCCGACUUCGUAUUUGUUUGGAUUAAAGGAAGCAGCAACGUACAAAAUUUUAUCGACUUUUACUAUGCGCGUGCUGAUGGUUUGGCUUAUGGCGGAAGAAUGGAGGUGGAAAUGGAUGAUGCGUCGGAUUUUGACGGGCCUUUCAAAGAAUGUAUCACGGAGCUUUGGAAGGAUUCCGCUCGUACAAGAUUCCGGAUGUUGAUAUGGAAUUAUUCGAAGUGA